AUGGAGGGUCAGUGCUGGCUGCCACUGGAGGCCAACCUCAAGGUCACCAACCAGUUUCUCAAACAAUUAGACUUGCACCCUAACUGGCAGUUUGUUGAUGUGUACGGUACGGAGCCUGAGCUUCUGAGCAUGGUGCCGAGACCCGUCUGCGCAGUGCUACUCCUCUUCUCCAUCACAGAGACGUAUGAGAUGUUCAGAACAGAAAAAGAAGAAAAAAUAAAAUCUCAAGGACAAGAUGUUACAUCGUCAGUAUAUUUUAUGAAGCAAACCAUCAGCAAUGCCUGUGGAACGAUUGGCCUAAUCCAUGCCAUUGCGAACAACAAAGCCAAGAUGCUCUUUGAAUCUGAACCAACAUUGAAAAAGUUCCUGGAGGUGUUUGUGUCAAUGAGCCCUGAAGAAAGAGCAAAAUACCUGGAGAACUAUGAUGCUGUUCGGGUUACUCAUGAAACCAGUGCACAUGAAGGUCAGACUGGGUCUCCAAGUAUAGAUGAAAAAGUAGAUCUUCAUUUUAUUGCAUUAGUUCAUUUAGAUGGGCACCUCUAUGAAUUAGAUGGACGGAAACCGUUUCCAAUUAACCAUGGGGAAACUAGUGACGGCACAUUAUUAGAGGAUGCCAUAGAAGUUUGCAUGAAGUUCAUGGAACGUGACCCCGAUGAGUUAAGAUUUAAUGCAAUUGCUCUCUCGACAGCAUAGCAUCUUGACAGAAACACCACAUACUGUAUUAUUUGCAACAAAAGUUAAAUUUCU